ACUGUUAAAAAAGCAAAGAAUUGGCAGAAGCAUCUGCUUUGCAAUAUCCUUCCUGAAUGACUGCAAAACUACCAGGCCAGAGUAUGCCAUCUGCACCUACACACAGGAUUCUGCGACCCCUCCUGCUUGGCACCUUCUUACUGGGCUGUUUUGUGACUCUGUUUUUGAUGUACAUCAAGCCGUCCACUAGUUGGUUAUCGGGCCCUGUUGAAUCAGAAACCUCAACGGCUCGAGUAAAGAGCCUCCUGUCCAACAGAAGUGAGCAGAACCAGACCACAGUGCUUGUCUGGCUCUGGCCAUUUGGGGAAACCUACGAUCUGAAUGUGUGCAGCUCCUUGUUCAGUAUUGACAACUGUUUCAUAACUGCCGACCGCAACCUUUAUAACAAAUCCGAUGCAGUUGUCAUCCACCACAGGGACAUUAGCACUGAUCUGUCCAACAUGCCGCCAGCGUAUCGGCCUCCUCUGCAGAAAUGGAUCUGGAUGAACCUUGAGUCACCAUCCCAUUCAUCCCAGUUACUCGGCAUCGAGAACCUGUUCAACCUGACCCUGAAUUACCGUCAGGACGCUGAUAUUGAAGUGCCUUAUGGUGCCAUUGUUGCCUCCCAAGGCGAGGAAGGCUUUGUACCACCGAGCAAGAACAAGCUGAUCUGCUGGAUUGUGAGCAAUUGGAACCCAGAUCAUGUACGAGUGAAGUACUACAAUGAACUGUACAAGCACGUGGAGAUCCAUGCCUAUGGCCAAGCAUUCGGCGAGUAUAUAUCGGACCAGGACUACUUCCCUACCAUCGCCAGCUGCAAAUUCUACUUGGCAUUUGAGAAUUCAAUUCACAAGGACUACAUCACAGAGAAACUCUACAACCCACUCUCAGUUGGCACAGUGCCAGUAGUUUUGGGCCCACCGAGGGAGAAUUAUCAGAAUUUUGUAGAGGGUGAUGCUUUCAUUCAUGUGGAUGACUUCUCCUCCCCAAAAGAGUUGGCUGAUUAUCUUUUAUUUCUGGACAAGAAUGAGGAACUUUACCUGAGGUACUUUGAUUGGCGUAAACACUUCAAGGUAAAGAAAGCCUAUUUCUGGGCUGAGCACACUUGUCUUGCAUGUGAUUAUGUCAGAAGACACAAUGAGUACAAGGCAUUCAAUAAUCUUGACAAAUGGUACUGGGGCUAA